AAGAUGUGAGAUGACUUACAGUGCAUGGCAAAUGGGUAGACAAAUCAGUAUUAUUUGUCUUGCCCUUGUUCUGCCAGGACAGAUUGUUUUCAUUUCUUUCAUUUAGAUCUACAAUCUACACUUCGAGGUACAAUAAAAGCAUAAAAGUCAAAAUUAAGAUUGUUGGCCACAUAAAAGAGUCAAAAGAAUAUAGAGGAGAGCUAAAGUUGAUGUAAUAAACCCAUUAACCAUUUACGGUGUAUGGGGUUUUCCACAAUCUAUAUACACAUAUAUAUGAAGUUGUACAUAAACAAGAGAAAAAGAAGUGGGAAAACAGGGUGAGACAUUGUAGAUCCCAGGAGGAAAAGCAAAGGUGUAAAUAUUAACAUCAAUGUUGAAUGAGCUGCAUUCAGCUGCAUGUUGGUGAUGGCUCACUCAGAUACAUGAGCCACUGUUAAUGCUAGAAGUAAAUCCUGUGCUUUACGAGUAAAACAGUCUGCUGCUGACAGCUGCACUGUAUGAUUUUAAAACAUACUUAUGCCCAUCUGCACGCCGAGACGUAGCGUGUUACGUCAUCGAAGGGGGGCUUUGCGUAAAGGGCGUGGUGUCGUGUAUCUGCGUGCAGUCUGCGGUCCACCGCCAAAUUCAAACAGAGAAAGAAAGAAACCACAGCAGCGACAGUCAGGCGGCUGAAACGAGAGGACAGCGGCUCAUUUGUUCAAAGGUAAGCUCAGUCAGCAUGACGUCUUCAGUGAUGGAUGGAGUUGGCAGAGCCGUGGUGGGAGUCUGGCGUGCGCACACAGUCCUGGAUGAGUCUGACGGACCAGAGAGUUCCCCGGAAGCCCCAGACCGUUUCCGCAAGCUUCCCUCCUCGUCUUCGCUCAACUCUUUGCGGAUGUCACUACGCAAGCGGCUUCCACUGCGAUCAGUCCAGGUCAACUCCCUCCCAGAGAACCCGACCUGGGAACCCACGAAGGAACAGAAAAAGACCAACACAGUCCGCAAACUUACCCGCAGUGCUCGGAACUCCAUCAGUGGAGUUUACCAGAGGAUGCAGAGGACCAGAGAGUUUACCCGGGAGGAGUGUUUGGUACAGACCCCAGGUAGAAUGUGUGAUGGGGAUGAAGCUGGUGCAUCAACUUCCCACACCCCGAGGCGCACUCCUGGUCGAGCAGGAGCGACACCCAGGCGCACCCCCAGAGCAGGAGCCACACCCGGACGUACCCCGGGCUCUAGAGGACGAAAAACUCCCGAGGCUGGCGUACGGGGAGUGAGAACAGGAGGAGGCAGGAGGCAACUGGUCCGCAUGGCUGCACUACGAAGUCCCUUUGCCUCCCCCAACACACAGAACCAGAGGCUAAAGUUUGACCAAGAUUUGGAGUCAGUAUCCAGUGGACUCAAGAGGCUCAAACGUCUGUCCAAGGCCUUCGAUAACAUCAUUGGUAGAGAUGACAGUACCAGUACAAGGGAACGUUCUGGAGGAGCAGUGAUGAGAAAGCUGGAUCCAAGCGGUAAACUGAGUCGCUCAAACCUCACGCGUCGAGCCACAAACCUCUCGACCACACUGGGAGGCUGGGCCCACACAGCUGUGAACACUAUUCGCAAACCCAACUGAUCUGCGUGUGUGUGUGUACUGUAAACACAGUACUUAUAGACAUGUUCACAUUUAUCAUAUAUCGAUGUGUUACUGUUACAUUUACAUGUAGUGUUGUCGUGACACUGGGAGAGUGUUACAUGACAGCUUGUUCUUUUUCUAUCUAUACCACGUGAAAUUAGCAACAUCCAAGUAUUUCUUGUGUGUUUACACGUCUCAGGUUAGCUAGUUGGGAGUAAAAUAUCUUAAAUGUAGCUACCAAAGGGAUUUUUGUACUGUGGUGUAUGUAUCUGUCGUAGCUGCUACAACCAAAUGUCCUAGUUACAUUUUCUAAGUACUAAUAUUUCUAUUUUCACUCUGCAUAGAAACGUGUUGCCAGUUUCUGAAAUUUUCAUGAAACAAAUGCUGCAAAAGACCAAAACUGUAUCUGCAGAACUAACACUAUUUACAGACGGAGAGGAGAUGCAUACGUUUCCUCUAUUAUAUAUGUAUAUGCAAUAAUGUUACUAACAUUUGUUAUGUGUAUUUUUUUAUAAGUCAUUUAAUUAAGCCAAAUUGUAAAGUGUAUUUUCUAUGAAAGGGGACUUUUUAAAAAAAUAUUAUGUAGCCUAGGCAGAUUUAGAUUGCGGCACUGAGGACAGCACCUUUAAUGGCCUGUGGAUUAUUCCUGCUACAGCACUGUCUGCAUAAAUCAUUUGAUAAUGCAAUGGAAAGCUGUGAUGACUCAUUAACUGAUGACAAAGAUAAUGAUGUUAUAAAGCCAUAUCCCGCAGGUUAUUAGUGUAGUGACUGUCAAACAUUUAGCCUCCAAUGAGGUAAAACACUAUUCUGUCAUUUCAGUGUAUUAGUACACCCUGCUCUGCAAUAAUGAGAGAAAGGGAGCCAAUGUCCCUGAAUGAAUGUGAAAAAAUCAAAUCUCAAAAUAAAACCUGUAUGCUUCAACA